AUGGAUACAAUCAGCGACGCUUCAGCUCAUAGCGAAAACAGUGGCGACGACAAUUGUGAAACCUUUGUUUGCAAUUCCUCGUACGAAGAUAAACUGCGUUUAAUAGGACGAUAUUGGCCCUCUACAAAUGAUUCAUGUCGUGGUAUUAUCCUCUUUGUGCAUGGCUUCGGUGAGCAUUGCCAACGUUACACGCAUGUGGCUCAUUUCUUCAAUAAGUACGGGUUCGCAAGUGUUGCUUUUGAUUUUCGAGGACAUGGUCUAUCUGAUGGUGAACGUGGCUUUGCACCAAAGCUCGAUGCUUUUCUUGAUGAUCUCGAAUCUAUCAUUGAACGAAUACGUACCCAAUAUCAGCCUGAUGUACCAUUGGUGAUCUAUGCACAUGGUACCGGCUCGCUUCUUUGCCUUGCACAUAUCAUUCGACGACCUUCCAAACCACUCGAUUGCCAAGCCAUGGUCAUUAGUACACCUUCAAUUUGUCUGAAAAGACGUCCCACGAAAUUGUUACUUUUUUUCGCACGUACUUUCGCCAAUUUGGAUCCACAUUUUCUGUUGCCUGUGCAAGGCAAUUAUACUCAUGUAUAUACUAAUGAUCCAGCGGUUGUCGAAGCCUAUCGAAAGGAUCCACUUGUUCAUGAUCGAUGGACAGCAUCAACUGUAACUAUCUUUAUGGAAGUAGGAGUUUUGUUGGAAAAGACAAUUCUUGAAGCACCAUGGCCAUUAUUGAUUCAACAUGGAGAUGCGGAUACUGUCACACCAAUUAGCGGUAUUCGAAAAUGGGUGCGGAACAGAGUUCGAGGUGAUGCCAGGUUCAAAGAGUGGUCCGGACACUUCCAUGAACUUCACAAUGAUUUAGGAAAAGAAGAAAUCUUGAUGGAUGCCAUCAACUGGAUCUACAUGAAGCUUCAGAUUUGA